CGACACAAAGGAAAACGUCAAGGCGUGCAGAAGAGCGUCGACACACAGCCAGGCGAUUUUUUACCUGGCAGCGUGUUCAGGGGUUAACCAGGUCCGAGGUAACUGCAGACUUUUUAGUUGUUGCAAAAAUACAUUUUUGUCAACAAAAUCAUGUGGCAGCCCCUGGAACCUGGUAGUUCUCCUGUUGACUGGUGUGAAGGAAAUUACUUAAUAUCUCCUGUCAUCGCCGAAUUCGUUAAUACAUUCAGCAACGUGCUGUUCUUUCUCCUGCCGCCACUUUUAAUGCAUUUAUUCAGAGAGUAUGCAAGAUUUGUUAAUCCAGGAAUUAAUGUCAUUUGGGUAUUACUGAUCGUCGUUGGAUUUAGUUCAGCGUAUUUUCAUGCUACACUUAGUCUCAUUGGGCAGCUGCUGGAUGAACUCGCAAUUUUGUGGGUCUUCAUGGCAGCAUUUGCCAUGUUUUUCCCAAGGAGGUUCUUUCCACAUUUCUUUCAGAAUGACAGGAAGCUAUUUAGCUUGGCAGCAACAGUUAUGACAAUAUUUGCCACAGGCCUGGCAAUUCUACACCCAGCUGUAAAUGCAUUUGCACUAAUGACGCUUGGAAUUCCUGCCUUUUUCUUGCUCAUCCAUGAAUUAAAGAGGUGUCCGUGCUGGCGGGUAUACCGUCUGGGAGUGCGCUGCGCAGCUGUGUGGCUGCUAGCAGUUACCUGCUGGCUGAAUGACAGGCUUCUGUGUGACACCUGGCUGUCCCUCAACUUCCCAUACUUACAUGCUCUAUGGCAUGUGCUGAUCUUCAUAGCAUCCUACACUGCAUGUGUGCUGUUUGCAUACUUUGCUGUCCAAGAGGAACGUCCAGAGCAGACACCUAUGCUGCGGUACUGGCCUAGAGAUGACUUUGAACUAGGUAUCCCAUAUGUUUCAAUUCGUUGCUACUAUAAAAAUCACAAGAAUGAAAUAUAAAUCAAAUGAGUUAAUGCCAUUGCUAGAUGUAUACCAAAUAAUAUUCAUAGUUUUUUAACAUUUUUACGUUAUUGUAUAGUAACAAUAACAUUCUACUGUUACUGGUAUGUUUGUGGUGUGCCACUGUCUUGUAAUUAAUAUUCCAACCUUUUCCCCCCUCAGAUGAACAAAUUGUCCCACAGUUCUUGGUAAUAACCCUAACAACGAAUUUAUAAUGUUAAAUUAUACAAUUUCUGUUAAAAAGAAACUUAAUAUAUUUAAUUUAUUUAGCAAAAGUAUUGGCACAUAUAGUUGCCAGAGUUUAAAAAGAGAAAGUGUGAUCUGUAUGUGUACCCAUACAGAGGUUUAUAGCAAUAUAAUAUUUUUUAUUUAAUUUAAUUUCUCACCAUGUUGUAAAUAUUAGUAGUAUGUGAAUGUUUUUUGUACAUAAAAAUAGUUACUGAGUGCAAUAUUUAAUCACUACUUAAACUUUGUAUCAUACAGAGUAGGAUACACAGUGUUACCCUAGUAAUUAAAUGUUCAGUUGAUGUUUAAGUUUAAACAGCUUUUGUUUGUCUAUAAAUACUUAAAAUUUGUUUAAGACUGUUGAGGAGGUGAACUUGUAAACAGGAGAUAAUUCAUGAAACAAGUAUCUGCAAUAUCUAUAUAGGGCUGCUCCCCGUUAAGAGUGCCAAGCAUCAAAGCAACAUCAUUAUAAUUAACACCUUCUGCCAUUAAAAUAUAUGGUGUAUCUGUUUUGAAAGAUUCCGUAACAAUACAAAAAAAUUCUGUGAAAAGAGCCUAGCUGGAUGUGUUUUGUUCUACACUACAUUCAGAUUGAACUUAAAAAUCAGGUCAUUUAUACAGGAUACAAUAACAAAAGUAACUGCAAUAAUAUAAUUUUUUCAUUAAUUUUUGUCAUUUUACCAUCUAUAUUAUUGACUGCUAUAUAGAUGUAAUUACUUUACUUGCUGCUAGAAGUGCUUAUCAAGACCAAUUCUAAGAGUGGAUAUAAGGUUGCAUACUGAAAAACAUUUCUCUCCAAGUAAUGCAUUAGCACCUGUGUCAUCAUAAGACACUAAAGGCAACCUAUUGUUGGUGUGCCACCCUUCUCUGUCUCUCACCAUUUGGUCACAGUUACUGCAGUUCAUUCCAUUGCAAUAUGGAUGUUCAGGGCCAGCGUACUGAUUUUUUCCUCAGUAUUUUUCUUUCAAGAUGUGUUCUAUAAAGCUGUUAUGUGAAAUUAGGUGUUCACUUAAUUCAGUUUUUCUUCUCUCUGUCAUGUUAAUCAGAGUCCUUUUCUCUUCAGUUUCUUUUAACAUUUAUUCAUUAGACUUCCUUUCAACGCAGGGUGUUUUUGUGGCUCUUCUCUAUACCCAGCACUCUAAUUUUUUUUUCUUUUCUCAUUUUUCUCUCAAGUCCACCCUUCACAGCAAUAACUUAAAAUGGUCCAAAAAGUUAUUCUUAUUUCUGAAUGCUUGUUUAAUCAUUGCAGUCCCUUUUUUUUUAAAAAAAAUAUCCAUUAUACUUGUGUUGUAUGCUAUUGUACUUCCCGAGUAGCUAAAUUGUUUUACUUGCGGUAGCAUUUUGCUCCCUACCUUAAUGUUUGCCUUUACUUGUCUUUUCAAUUUAUUUAGCACCUUUAUUUUAGUCUUGUUUGCCUCUAGUUUGUGUGUAACCAAGGCAUCGGACAAACUUUUAGCGUAAAGUUCAUAUUGUUACCAGAAUUUGCUAAGAUGAUUAUAUCAGCAGCAAAUCAAAUACAGUGUAACUGUUUCCAAUUAAUUUUGAUCUCUUUGGUGCUACUUUUCAUUGUUCAUGUUGCACUGGCUAUAAAUAAAUAAGGAUAGCACACAUGUGAGAAUCUUGAAUAUAUUUGGCAAUUUUCACUAGUCAUUGCUAACCCCUGAUAUGGACUUAUUUGGCUUAUUAAGGGGCAGACCUCUUCAACACACAAAUUAGUGGUGGGAGACACUUAAAAUGAAUGACUGUUGCUAAAUGUGAAACUUUUUAUUCCUCCUGCUGGUUGCUAAACUACUGGCAUCAAUUCAAACUAUAUUGAAGUUUUUUUCUGAAGCAAUAACACCAUAAAACUUUGGCUCCAAGAAGUUUGCUAUUUUCUUACAUACGGUGUAUGCAGU